AUGUAUCCAACGGUGAUUUAUCGGAGAAGUUCACCUGUGACGACACCGACAUAUAUAUAUGUUGAUCCUCAUCAAUACUCAACAUCAUUUGAAUCUCCUUGCAGAAUAUUCGUGGAAACUGACAAUCGAAAUGAUGCUGCACUCGCGGAUACUCGAACCAUUCGUCGUGAGCUGACUCAAAUCAAGCAUGAUAUUAAAGAAUUGAAACAAAAGCAAACAUCACCAAAUUACUAUCUUAUUCAACAAGACUAUCCAAAUGAUCUUUGUCCAACUUGUAACACAUCAUUAAAAACUCAAUUCGAUUCGAUUUAUUAUUGUAAUCAAUGUCACAGUUUUGUCGCAGAUCGAGUCACUCCUAUGCAACCAACAAUUCGAACAAAGACUCCUACUACUACCUAUCAGGAUAGUUAUGUACGAGUACCAUCAUCGUCUCCAGGACAUUCACACUAUGCAAUAUACAGAGAACGACCAAAGACAUCCGACAAGCUGAGAAAUCAAUCUAUACUUUCAUCAUCACCUGCUUUACAUAGCAAACCUUGGAUACCGGGGACAUCCAAAAAUGCUUAUCCGAAUCGACGUUGGUAUUUUAGUGGAUCAUAUCCUGAACCGUAA